AUGACCCUCGGGGGCCUCAAAGCUCUAUGCCCAAGACUGCGUACCAACAAGAAAGCCCUCAAACUUGCCGUGGGAACUUGCUCUGAUGAUUUCCAGGUCCAGUUCCCAUGCCACCUUCUCCAGGAAGCCCCCUUGGUGAAGUCCAGGGCUGAAUCUGGGCUCUUCGAUGUACGAUCACAGUCUCCCAUCCACUCUUUUAUGAGAGUCCUUACCACAGCCUAUCACAGUGUCUGGGCCUUUCCUGCUAUUCCUGCCGCUGGCCGAAAUGUUUCCGCACCAGCCACGGCCACCCUUGUGGAGCCCUAUACCAAAGCUGAGAUGUCUAUUGUGGGCCUGGGCACCUGGAAGUCUCCUCCAGGCAAAGUCAAGGAGCCUGUGAAGGUGACCAUUGAUGCAGGAUAUCAUCACAUUGUGCCUAUGUCUAUCAAGGAUAAGAAUGAGGUGGGAAAAGCCAUCCAAGAGAAGGUCGUGAAGCAGGAGGACCUCUUCAUCGUUAGCAGGUUAGGACCCACCUUUGAGAGAAUCUUAGUGAAGAAAGCUGAUCCGAAGACUGCCAAGAAUCUGAAACAGGACUAUCUGGACAUCUCUCUUAUUCACUGGUCACAGGGAUUACAACCUGCGAAGGACUUUUCCCCCCGAGAUCAUAAAGGCAAUGACCUCACCAGUAAACUAACAUCCUUGGGUGCCUGGGAGGCCACGGAGGAGCUGGUGGGUGAGGGGCUGGUGAGAGCCUUUGCAGUCUUCCACCACUUCCAGAUCAAAAGGCUCUUGAACAAACCUAGGCUGAAAUGCAAACAAGUGACUGACCAGAUCGAGUGUCCCCCUUGCCUCAGGAAAAAAUGGAUCCAGGACACCCAUUUCAAGGGCAUCGCCGUCACAACUUAAAGCCUUCUGGGCUCUCCCGAAAGACUUUGGGCCAAGCCAGAGGCUUCACCUCUGGAGGAUCCCAAAAUUCAGGUGAUAGGUAUGAAGCACAAAAAACCCACAGCCCAGGGUCUGAUCCAAUUCCAUAUCCAGAGGACUAGAGUUGCGAUCCUCAGGUUUGUCACUGAUAUCAUUGUUGAGAACUCUGAGGCCUUUGACUUUAAAUGGAUUAAUGAUGAGGAGUUGGUGACCAUACUUGUUAGCUUCAACAGGAACUGGAGGGCCUGGACUGUGGAUUGUAUGUCUCAUUUGGAGGAUUAUCCCUUUAAUGCAGGUUAUUGA